AUGGCCGCCGCCCUCCCGUUCAACGUCUCGGAGGAGCUCGCCAAGUUGCGACAUGAGAAGAAGAAUGGACAGAUGCCAAAGCUGCCACCUAACGCGACUGUGCAGAAGCGUCCAAUCAUUCAUCCCGCGGUAGCAUCGCCCUACGCUGGUGCCAAUGUGCAGAAGAUUGUCUAUGUUGGAAGUCAGACACCUUUCAUGUCUGCUGUCAAGCGCGUGAAAAAACUUCUCAACCAAGUCGAGAAGCGGGUAACGCAGAAUGUAAACAUGAUCAAACGAGGUGACAGAGAAGGCAUGCGAAGGCUUGCAGAGGCCACCGACAAGGUGGCAAAGGACAGAGAGGAAAUAUUGGUCAAAGCUAGCGGAAGAGCGAUGACCAAGGCAUUGAACGUGGGAGAGUGGUUUAGGAACAAGGAGAAGGAAAUGGCCUGCAUUGUCGAAGUGAGAAGCGGCAAUGUCAGUGUGGUGGAUGAUAUCGUCGAAGCUGAACAGUCAGAGGAUGAUGCGGACGCUCAGCAACCCAACGAGCCGACGACUAUACCGGAAGGUGGGGAUACCACCAUGGAGCUGCUUGCGAGUACCACCAAGUCCUCCCCAGAUCCAACAACCCACACUGUUCAGGACAACAACAGAGACGACAACCAUGGCGCUACCGAAGCGACAGCGGGCAAGAAGGCAAGGAAGAGAAGGAAGAGAAAACGCCCGGCCUAUGAUCCGGAUGAUCUUCCGGAACAACGACUUCGCUGGGUGAAGACUGUGGAGGUGGCAAUCUCUUUAAAGGGAUAG